UAUGCUCCAGGUUUGGCGAAUGCACGUGACAAACAAGCAUCAUGGCGGCGCACAGAAAACCCAGCAAAGAAACGAAAUGUGUUGAGUAAGUAGCAAGCAAGUCAGUCACCUCCACAAGGUACGCUUAUGGACACUCACGGCAUGUAAAGAUAUCAAAGAGAGAGUUAGUAGAGAGUAGUUUGCCAACCAGACUGGCUAUGUCGGUUUUGUUUAGAAAUGCCAACGGGUUGCUGUUGGACGCUUGUUCACUUGUCGAUCAGGGUGUCCAACUAUGUACUUCGGAGAGAAAAUCAGCCAGUGGAAAGUCGUAUUUUAAAUGUUGUUUUAAACAUGAGUGUUUUCAGAUUUUAAAGUCUCACGUUCGCGUUAAAGACUAUUGUACUGUGACCACAAACGACAGUGCCGUCUCGGACGCAGUGCUACAGAGGAGUGAGAAUAACACUUCAGUGGAUUGUAAACCGUCAAAGAAAAGAAAACGAAAACGCAAAGAUCUGAACCAAGGAGAAAUUGAUUCACUGGCCUUCCACCACAAGAUCAGGUUUGCCAUUUUGGAGGGGACCAAAUCCUUGGUGGAUGCUGGGCUCUCCUGUGGGUACCUGAGUGAGGCCAAAGAUGCUCAGGAGGAUCCCCUGCCUUCCCAGGAAUGUAACCUGGCAGCCUUGUGUGACAUGGCUAAAGAGCUCCCUCUAGUGAGUGAACAUGGAGAGGACCCAGUUCAGUUCAUUGGGUCUGAGGAUGGCUGCAGUACAACACACCUUGACCUGUUCACACGGAUCACAGAGAAUUGUAUGGACUGUGCCAUGGAGGUGACGCUGAUGGGAGAGAAUUACAUUAUCCCACCACGAUGUGCCUUCCUGCUCUCAGAUUUUGCCAGAAUGCAGCCCCUGGUUGGCUAUGGAAAGUUGUUCGACCUCAUUGUCCUGGAUCCUCCAUGGGAAAACAAGUCUGUCAAAAGGAGCGGCAGGUAUAGCUUUCUGCCCUCCUCCCAGCUCAAACGGCUCCCUGUCCCCCUGCUGACCUCCACGGGCUGUGUGGUGGUCACCUGGGUGACCAACAGGCCCAGCCACCUGCGCUUUGUCAGGGAUGAGCUGUACCCACACUGGGGCGUGGAGGUGCUGGCAGAGUGGUUCUGGGUCAAGGUCACCAGGUCAGGGGAAUAUGUGUUUCCACUGGACUCUCCACAUAAGAAGCCUUACGAGGUGUUGGUACUUGGUCGAUAUCGUGGGUGUGGACACCACUCACCCAGCUCUCUGAGGAAGACCGAGCUCCCUAUGGAGGAGCAGCGUGUGAUUGUCAGUGUCCCAUCAGCCCUACACUCCCAUAAACCUUCACUCUCAGAGGUGUUAAGGCCGUACGUGGGUGCUGACGCCCAGUGCCUGGAGCUGUUUGCCAGAAGCCUACAGCCAGGAUGGACCAGCUGGGGCAACGAGGUGAUCAAGUUUCAGCAUGUCAGUUAUUACACCAUGGAGCCCACAGACGAGCCCACAGACGAGCCCACAGACGAGCCCACAGACGAGCCCACAGACGAGCCCACAGACGAGCCCACAGACGAGCCCACAGACGAGCCCACAGACGAGCCCACAGACGAGCCCACAGACGAGCCCACAGACGAGCCCACAGACGAGCCCACAGACGAGCCCACAGACGAGCCCACAGACGAGCCCACAGACGAGCCCACAGACGAGCCCACAGACGAGCCCACAGACGAGCCCACAGACGAGCCCACAGACGAGCCCACAGACGAGCCCACAGACGAGCCCACAGACGAGCCCACAGACGAGCCCACAGACGAGCCCACAGACAAGCCUACAGAUACGACUACAUAAUCCUUACUUGAAGAGCCCUCUCCUCACUUCUCUCUACCUCCUCCAACACCGGACUAAUCAUCACAGUUUAAUAGCAUACCGUCAAAGCUUUCCACAUCAAAAUCCCAUUUCGUUUUCAUAAAGUCAAGGAGCCCCUGAAAUCUCUCCAUCUCCUUUGAUCUGUUAUUUUCUUUCAUUUGGGACUCUUGAUUUGUGUUUCUGGGUCGUAGUAUGUUGGGGGGUGGUGACUCACCGAGCCGGUGAUGCGAUGGAGGGUAGAUGAAAGUGCAUUGCUCCGGAGCUCAGAUCAAGGUUGAUGUUUCGAGCCGAAGCUAAUAGCGUAUAGCUCUGUUAUGUUCAGACACACAACUGUGUGUUACCUCAGAGCGGUGUGUUGUGCAUUGAUGAUUGAGCAUUGCUGGCAUAAUGUCUGGUUGAAUAAUUAUCGAAGUGUACGUACGUGGUUUUAUAUAUAAUGUGCUGAAAUGUGUUAGGUAAUGUGGAUCUAUUUAAAUCGAAGAGUUGAAUAAAGAAACCAAACUUUG